AAGGGAAAUGCAAGCUUGACUAGACUGAGCCGAUAGCCCAACACGGCAACACAACUAAGCUCCGGUCCGGUGAGACGGUGAACUGAUUCGCUAUGCAAACGCUACUUUUGCCGGCUGCUCGCUCCGGCGGCGCACUGCCCCCUUUACCGAUGGUCUCACCGGUGGCGUCGAAACCCUCGCCGCUCAAUCUUCUCCACCACCCCAAAAGUUCCCCACUUCGUCUCUCGUUAACACACACACCAACUGCCUUACAGACUCAACAUUUGCUCUCCCCGCCGCAUCUAACUCUCAAUUACAGAAGGUUUACAGUCCUCGCCGCGACGAACGCUUAUCCGAGCGACGAUUCCGAGAAAGCGAAGCUCGCUCAGGUGGCUAAGAGAUUGGAGAGUACUUCAAGGUAUUUCAAGAAAUUGGGAGGUUUUGGGUUUUGGGGGCAGCUGGUUUGCACAGUUGUUGCGGCUGGGAUCCUCUCGUUAUCUGCUGCUAUUACCGGGAAGAUCACAUCACCCUUUACAUUUUACUCGACUGCUGCUGGAAUUGUUGCGGCUUUUGUUUCCGUUUUCUGGUCUUUCGGUUAUCUUCGUUUGUCUGAGAAGCUUAAGAAAACAGCUAAUGAUCCUUCAAAGGCUCCUCCUCGUGCAGAUGUGGUGAAAAGCUUGAAAAAUGGGAUCGGGUUGAACCUUUUUGGAAUGGGUGCCACUGUAAUUGGCAUGCAGGCCACAGUAGGUUUGUUGGUAGCCAAGGCCAUUACCACCUCGGCUAACCCAUAUUAUCAGGGUGGCAGUACCCCUUUGGUGGCACUCGACGUGUUUUUGGUACAGGCAUCGGCAAACACUAUACUCUCACACUUUAUUGGGUUAUUAUUCUCGUUGUUACUCUUGCAUUCAGUGACAUUAUCGCCAACAGAAGGCAUCCCUGUUCCUAAGGUUGCAUAAGUUGUUAAGAUUGUAACAUGGUGGUCAAGAUUUGAAAAUAACAUUUUAGUUCCUUGAGCCAUUUUGGUUGUAUUUUCUUAGUCAGGUGUUGAGGUUCAGGUUUCUAUCUUUUUCCAGUUUAUAAUGGCCUGUUACAGGCAAAAUUCUGCCCAAAA